GAGGUCCGGUCUGGCUCUACUUUGGAUUUUAUCGGAAUUCAAUACGGGUAGAGGGUCUUAUACGAGAGAAAAGAAAAAACUAAAUGUAGAAUAUAGAUUGAGCUACCAAAGCAAAACACUUUUUAAGGGUGGAAAAUGCAGUUUCUACAUGUGGGUAAUUUGGUGUUCUUUUGGAGGUGUUUAUGCUAAUGGGGAUGAUGCAAAAAAGUUUUUGAGUGAGAAAUAUGGGAAUUUAUCUGCUUUUGAACUUAAAAACAGUAAAGAUUUUAAUAAUGAUCUGAUGGAAGCUGAUAUAUCCAUGACUGUUAGACUUCAAAUCGUCUACAGCAAAUUGAGUAUCAAAUCCAUACGAAGCGCUUACGAAGAAUCAGUCGGAAGCAGACUCCAAAAGUUUAGUGGAUCAGAUAAUAAAGAACUACUUCAAAGGUUCACUUCUCAAUUCAAAGAUGAGUAUAAACUACCAAGGGGAUCUUUGGUAGAGCUCUCAAAGGAGCCAGGCUAUGUAGUUAAGACAAUAAGUAAGUUGUUCUUUGCAUGUUUUAUCUUUAAAUUAGACAUAAGAAGCUACCUUUUUCCAAUUUUCUUGCAUUCACUGGAGAUUAAUUCAUCUGGUAUUUGCAUCAAGUGUCCAUUCUUCCUUCUGUUUUUCCUUACACAAUGCCUACGAAUCUCCAUUUCUUCAUUUUUGUUGAAAUGA